UUACACUAUUCCACAGAUGCGGCCUUGCCAAUAGUAAACAUGGCAACUCGGCUCCUCUUUCCCUUCAAGUUAACCUAAUGGUUGCCACUAGUCAACAUGGCCGCCAGCCCGUGACCUCCCAUUGGCGGUUUCUCAGAGGCCCUGCCCUGCUCCGCCCCUGCGAGCGUCGGCCUGGAAUAGCGGGGCCGGAAAUCGUGGCUCCGGGCAUGGUUGCGUCUGCGCAAGUCAUUGGCGCCAAGAUGGCGAUGGAGAUGAGACUUCCAGUUGCUCGCAAACCGUUUAGCGAGAGCCUGGGUCGCGAGACUAAAAAACACCUGGUGGUGCCGGGGGACACGAUCACUACAGACACGGGCUUCAUGCGGGGCCAUGGAACGUAUAUGGGGGAAGAAAAGCUCAUAGCAUCUGUGGCUGGCUCUGUGGAGAGAGUAAACAAGUUGAUUUGUGUGAAAGCUUUGAAAACCAGAUAUAAUGGUGAAGUAGGAGACAUUGUAGUGGGGAGAAUCACAGAGGUUCAACAGAAGAGAUGGAAGGUGGAGACCAACUCCAGGCUGGAUUCAGUCUUGCUUCUCUCAUCCAUGAACCUUCCUGGAGGAGAGCUGAGGAGAAGAUCUGCAGAAGAUGAGCUUGCAAUGAGAGGUUUCUUGCAGGAAGGGGACCUUAUCAGUGCUGAGGUCCAGGCAGUGUUCUCUGAUGGAGCUGUUUCUCUUCACACGAGGAGCCUAAAAUAUGGAAAACUAGGCCAGGGUGUUUUGGUCCAGGUUUCCCCCUCCCUGGUAAAACGGCAGAAAACUCACUUCCAUGACUUGCCAUGUGGUGCCUCAGUGAUUCUGGGUAACAAUGGCUUCAUCUGGAUCUACCCAACACCCGAGCACAAAGAAGAGGAGGCAGGGGGCUUCACUGCAAACCUGGAACCUGUAUCUCUUGCUGAUCGAGAGGUGAUAUCCCGGCUUCGGAACUGCAUUGUCUCAAUGGUAACUCAGAGGAUGAUGCUGUAUGAUACCAGUAUCCUGUACUGCUAUGAAGCGUCCCUUCCACAUCAGAUCAAAGAUAUCUUAAAGCCAGAGAUAAUGGAAGAAAUUGUGAUGGAAACGCGCCAGAGGCUGUUAGAACAGGAAGGAUAAGGAGAGGCAUCUGAAGGACCAGACUGUAUGUACCUGGCUGGCACUGUUCUGGAAAGGGAAGAAUCAGAUUGAUGAUCCCCAUGUGUGGUUCAGUGAAGAACCAAGAAACUCCUUACUUCAUCUGCAUCGAUGGCUGUGGGCUGCCUCCAGCCCAGACACCCUGUUUCCUCCUUCUCAGACAAAUGCCUGGGUGGAGAGGUGAACAGUGCCUCUGGCCCCUCUGGUAGGCCGAGUCCCAGCACUAGGGGUAGAUUCAGGUCUUUCAAAGUGUGCAGUGUUCCAGCCAAAUGGACUUCCGUCCUGCAAUAAUAUGGAGGAUCCUUUGACUUCACUCACCAUCAUUUGAAACGCACAAUACCCCAUGAAAUUGCCCUUAUAAAAAACAUGGCAUCUCUGACCCCCAAAUUGUCUUCGUCUUCUAUUCCCCCUCUAAAGUGCAAGUACAGCAUUCCAGUUGUACUUGAAGAACACAGUUGGUAAAGUUAAUCUAGCAGUCGAAUGGAAGAAUAAAGUUAACCAAGCCAUUUUGAAUCUUAUUUCCCAUUGAAUGUUUUUUCUAGUGAUGGCUGAAAAUAUGUCCACCCCAGGCUGCCUUAAGCUCUGUCCUGCCUUUCAGGGGCAAUUUGUAAGAAGCUGAAUUAUUAGCAACAGAGAGAAUGAAUGUUCUGGGUCCAUGUACCUUUGGGUGUUCUGAUAAACAUGAAGAAAAAGUAAGAAAAAUGGAGAUAGAAAAAGAAAAGCUGUUUUCAUCCUAUAGUUGAAGUAAUGCAUUAAUUUUUGAAUUUGGGGUUAAAAGAUAAAAGCAAGGUGUUGAUGUUCUCACUGAGGAAUGCUAAGAUUGCAUUGCUUUUCUGAUGACUGUAAAAACGGUACUGAUUUAGUUGUUGGGAAACAUUUUUUAAAGGCACUGUUUUAAAGUGCUGUUUAUUUCAAAUAUGUGGUAAACUACUUUUUUACAUUACAAAGGUGGUGGUAACACCAUUGAUUUCUUGUGUUCUGUGUAAUAAUUGGGAGCUGAGUAUAAUAGAAGGAGGACUUAGUGGAUAUAAAUUCCUUCUGACAGCUCCAGUUUCAAUGGUAGUAAUUUUGAACACUGCACUUGAAAGGUGUGAAGUACAGAUUGGCUCUAUUUCAUUAAAUAGUAUUUUUUUUUCUUUAUAACAUUAUUCAGUGGACAACUUAUGUCACUUUUUUUCUACCCCAACUUGUAUCACCUGUUUUGAUGAGUUUGCAGACCCAUCAAGGUUCUAUAGAUUAUGCUUUAACUUUAGAUUUCCUCAUUUGUUGUAUUUUUGAGAGAAAUUUCCAGGCCUUAAGCCUCUUGAGAGAAGGGAACGGGAGAGUGGGUGUCUGAGUCCCAGGUUUGGUUUUGAUUAGUGCCCAUACAAUAAGCUCAUUGAAAAUUUAUCCUUAUCACUUGGUCUUUCCCAAGGUUUCAGAUCUAUGCUGCUUAUUCAGUGCUGAAUGGUGAUUGCCUACUAAGGGGAAAUAAUAGGUUUGAAAGCACCUUUUGGUGAUUAUCUAUUUUCUAUGGCCCACUAGAGGGCACCCUUGUUAAGUAUAAUUCCAGUAAGUGAAAAAAAACUGAAAAGCUGAAAAUUUUACACUGGUACUGAAUUCCUUUAGCAACCUGGUGGGUUGCUUUGCUUUAUAAAAAUGAGAACAAAAUUAGACUCAACUGAAUCACUUUUAAUGAAAAGGCCAUGAGCUUAAAGGGAUUUAGUCAACAUUUGGUAACAUUUAUUUGCUUUUGACGGGCAUUUGCUGGGCUCUGGAUCCAAUUUUCAGUCCUCAAAAGUAUCAUUCUAUAGUGUUAUAGAGGAAGUAAAAAAAUUCAGUGCCUCUCUAGAGAAAAAUAUUACAGCCUGGCCUUGGGGCUCACCUAAACUAACAAGCAAUGGAAAAUGAAGAUUAGGGAAAAUAAGCCUUUAGGUGACGUGCACGUGUUCUUUAUACUGCCUAUCAUGAAGCAUAAUCUCGGUCUUUUACUGUGGAAAAUCAAACAAGAUCUAAGUUGAUCCUCCUGUUAACCUUGUAAAGUAAGCAGAUAUGACCCCUAUUCAUAGAUGAAGAAAUAGAUUCAGAGAAUUAAAGUGACUUAAGCCCAUUAGCAAUUGUGAAUAAAAUAUAUUUAAGGUCUAGAGAGGUAUGAUAAAACCCUUCUUUAGAGUGUGGGUUGGACUGAUUGUGAAAGGUUGUAGAUCCAGAAAUUGAGACUGAUACUUUGGAUUGUUAUUUAUUUUAUGUAUUUGCUGUCCCUCCCCCAUGUAUGCUCCAUGAGGACAAGUACAGUUUUUCCCCCCACUGCUGUAUCCCAGCACCUAGAACAGUGCUUGGCACAUCAUAUGUGCUCAAGAAAUGCUUGUUCAAUGAAUGGUGAAUAAAUUGUUCAAGGAGAAUGUAUUAGAAGGAGGUCUGAUUUGAUUGCCCAAUUUUAAGCUAACCUAGAGGAUGAGGACGUAUGCAGAUUUGGAGGAAAUGAGUAAAGCAUGAAUAGUAAUCAAAACAAAUUUUCCAAAAAGAAAAAUUGGGGGGGGGGGAGUAAUCAGGAUAAUGAACAAAUAAAGGGGACCAAGGUGUUAAAAUCUGAAGAACGACUCAAGUUGCUACACUAGACAUCAACCAGAUAGUUUAUUCUGUGACUGUGAGCAAAGCUAAACCGAUUAACAUUGAGUUUGUACAUUACAGUUACAAAUCUAGGCACACAUUUUCAUAUGCUUCACCUCCAAGUGAGUCAUUUCCUCUUGAAGGUAGUACCUAUACAAUCGUAGCACUAUUUCCAUUCCAGCAAAAAUAUUUCUAAAAUACGUAACUCAUUUGUUGGGCUAACGUGUCACCUACAUAUAGCAGCUGAAUGUACAACGCGUAUGUUGGGGCUGUGGUUUCGGCCUAAUAUCAGAAACUUCUGAAAAAUCUAUUGUUCAGUAUUAUGUCAACAGUUAUUUGAUAUUGAAUGGUAAAGUGGGAAGAAACAUCUGUAUAAUGGGGAGUAAUGUUACACGCCUCAUUGCGCUGUGAUGAGUAUUAAGUGAGAAUGCAGUUGAUGAAAAGUGCUUAGUAACAGUGCCGGGUGUAGAAUAAGCGCUGCGAUGAGUAGAUCUCCUUAGAAAUGAGUAUAUCCUAACCAGGUGCAGCGCCUUGAGGAGACAUGGAAGAUAAAAAAUAGGGGACCAGGGCCCUUUUCGGUUGUGGAAGAUGGGUUA